AUGUCAGAAGUGAAUGUAAGUGAUUUUAAAUUAAAACGGCAACGGGGAAAAAACUUUACAGAAUGGGAAAAAGAUAUGCUAAUUGACUUGAUAUUACCUUUCAAGUCAAUAAUUGAAAACAUGAAAACUGAUGCGGUUUGGAACCAAAAGAAAAUGCCUGAGAUUACUUGUUUGUACAAUAUGCAACAAAAAUCAGGCAUCAGAAUUGAUGUACAGUUAAAACAUUUGUACGAUGGACUGAAAAGAGAUGCUAGGAAAGAAAAAAGUCACGAUAAGGCAAAUUUAUUAUUUUGA